AUGACAGCUUUAAUUAAACGUAAUACAACCAUUCCAAUAAAACUAACACAAACAUUUACAACCUACUUGGAUAAUCAAUCAUGUGCUAGUGUUAUAGUUUUUGAAGGUGAAAGUUCAAGAGUGAGAGAUAAUCAUCUAUUGGGUAAUUUUCAACUAUAUGGUAUUUCCCCAGCUCCAAGUGGUGUACCAAAUAUUGCAGUUACAUUUGAGAUUGAUGUUAAUGGUAUAUUAAGUGUCUCAGCUGUUGAACAAACAACUGGUCGUGAAAAUAAAAUAACAAUAAUAAAUGAUAAUGGGAAUUUAUCUAAAGAUGAAAUUCAACGUAUGAUUGCUGAUGCUGAACAGUAUAAAAAAGAAGAUGAAAUACAACGUGAUCGUCUUGAAGCUAUGAAUUCACUUGAAUCAUAUUGUUUUAAUAUAAGAGCAAAAAUUAAUGAUGAAAAAUUAGCAGAUAAAUUUCAUAUUUAUGACACGAAAAAAAUGAUCGAUACUAUCGAAGACACAUUGAUAUGGUUAGAAACAAAUCAGUUUGCUGAAACAGAAGAAUUUGUACAAAAAUUAAGAGAACUUGAAGCAAUAUAUUCAUUAGUAACGAUGAAAAUUCGCACUGCUGAAGAUAGUGCUGUAAAAGUCCCAGAAGAGUUUUCUAAUGAUUCAACAGAAGACAGAAGUUUUCCUUCUAUUACACUGGAAUCAAAUCGUGGUGAUGAACUAUCUAAUCUGAAUUCACGUUUACUGGAUAUUCGUAAUGAACAUCAGCGUAUGCUAUUACCGUAA